GCACCACACUCACGUCUUUAAGUCUUCUUCCUACUUCUUCCUACUUCUUCUUAACCUCUUCUACUUUUUCUCAACAUUUUCCACUUCUUCUCAACUUUUUCCUAUUUCUUUCUAACUUGUUCCUACCUCUUCCUACCUCUUCCUACUUCUUUUCUACUUCUUUCCCACUUCUUUCUACCUCUUCCCAACUUCUUUCUGCCUCUUCCCAACUUCUCCUUAUUUCUUCACAUCACUCGAAGCCAUGGCAAGCGUCAAUUCCCCUCAGCCUAAAUCUGCAGAGGAGCUUGGCCCACAACCAGAGGAGCUUAGCUCGCAACCAGAUGUCAAGCUCCCAGUAACAGGGCCCGACCAAGUCACCGCGGGACUCCAGCAAGCUGGCACCGAGUUGGCAAAAUUUUCCAAUCUUCCUCCGAUUGCUCAGGCCGCUGCAAUCAUGGAACAGAUGCAACAGAUGCAGCAGCAGAUGCAGCAGAAUCAGGAGCAGAUGCAGCAAAACCACCAAGCGAUGCAGAACGAGAUGCAGCAACUCCGCGGGCUUAUCGCUACAAGCUAUCAGACAACGGCGUACAAUUCUAUUGCCCGCAUUGAAAACUCUGCUAUCAGAAGAUCUGACGCUCCUCUUACCGCGCUCCGUUCGUUCACGACAAACGCCGACAUCCCAGGUUUUCCUACCACGCCCGCUCAGCUGUGGAAUAUGACAGAUCCUACGCUAGAUCCUAUAUUGACGGCACUGGACCUGCCUAUUACCGGCCAGACCGAGGAGAAAAAGCAGCGAUUGAGGUUCUACAUUGGAUUGGUGGAUAUAUACUAGGUCUACGAAGCGCUGGAGUGGAGUCGACGCAUGGUGAUUGUGCGGUGAGGUGCGGGAUACCGGUAGCGGGAUAUUUGUGGCUGGUUGGAGGGGAGAGGGGUUGCUUUGCUGGUGGGAAAAGUGGGAAGGGUAGGGUAGGAGCUAGCAGUGGGGUGGGCGGGAAGAAGUUGAUAACGGAUGCAUGGACGAGGAGGUGGAAGGACUAUCAAUUUUGCACCGUUGCUAUGGGUAAUCUUCUAGCCUCGCUGAUGGAAAAAUAACAAGAAGCCCAAGGCGCCUUUCUCCUAAAGAGCGGUUAUGCGCGCCGCGGCUCAAGCAGGUAGGCAGAACCGCAUCUUAGACUAGACUAGGCUAGACUAACUCCACGAAUCCUUCCUUAAUCCUUACUUCCCU